CGUCAAUAUAAAUCUCACCACAUAAGUUUAUCAAUUACUGCGACAACUAAUUGUCCUUUGUUAGUGAAUAUGUGUUUGUCCUGCGUGGGGUAUAAAAUCUACCAUUUAAUCUGUUUCACUGUUCAAUUAUUUAACUCGAGUUUGAAAAUGUAAUGUUUUUACUUUUGAUUUUGUUUUCUAUUUUCUAUCCCAAAAAAAUCAAGCCGUCGAAAAAAAUAAUAGUAACCAAGUUUGCAUUAUUUUCUACAGGAAGCCCAUCCUACGAACAAUUCUUCAGGCCCAUUAGCCCAUUAAGUUCACGAUAAAGAUAAGAGCUUUCGCUCGUCUCUAUGGACAGAAAAACCAGAGGAAGAAAACGAAGCAGAUCAUUAGUUCAAGAAAUCAUAGGAAGCAAAAGAUGAAGAGAAUUCCUCGUAUCAAAUUUCCUCAGAGACAUUCAUCAGCCUCAUCCUCUACUGUUUCAUCAGGUUCUGUACCGGCGUCGGGGUCUGUUGCCGGCGGCAAGAAAAAUGUGACGGCGAGUUCGGAUGUCCCGGCGGCUCCGAAGAACACUGCUGAUGGAGGAAAAGCAUCACUUCAGCCAAAACGCACACCUGUCUCCGACAAGGAAAUUGAAUCUAUAAUGUUGGGUGGUUGCAUCUGACAUUUGGGCGUUUGAAGAUUUGAUCGGCUGAUGAAGUUUAUUAUGUUUUUUUUUUUAAUGUAAAGAAAGAACUAAUAAUGUAGAGAGAUGAUUUUGUAUGAAUGAUACUCUUUCUCGUUGUCAAGCUACAAAAAGGCCUUUCUAGUUUCUACAUUAUUGUCUUCACAAUUUUUUAAUUAGCAAAGUUGCAUUAUAGUAAC